GAUAUGUAAAUAAAUAAAUAAAUAAAAUCAAAUAAAUCUAACUUCUAAUACUCAUGUAACGGAGAAAGCCAAUAGUCUUCUUCUUGACGGUCCAAUUUAUCCUUAGUGCUGCCGAUAUGUUGAUGGCAUCAACAUCAAUAAAAUGGAUGUAGUGACACUUUUCUCGUCUCUCUUCAUUGGAAACAUGUACAUAUUGGGUAUUUCUUUAAAGAAAUGUCUAAUGCGGGUUUCAAUCAGCCACUUUCCCCGAGCUUCUCACGAAAUGCUCGUCAGUUGACACUUGUCCAGUGUAUUGGCAUGUAUCGAGACUCUCGCCAACGACUUGGACACAUACCAUUACCUUAUUCACCCAAAGCGCUUACGGUACACUGACAGAAAUGUCAGAAACUCAGCAGCACAUCAUCGCAGGUAUAGAUUACCACGGAGAAAGUUUGCAUUUUCAAGUGUACUUAAAACUCCGGCACCCACAGCGAACAAUUGACGUCUGAGGGAUAUGCCUUGUCAUCAAUGUGACCUCACUACACUAACUCUGCUAGCUGCAUAUUUAGGCAGAUUGGUGAGCAUGGUGUUUUUUCAUCAAAAUAGUGAGGAACUCCCCGUUUCGUUGUGGUGGCGAAGGAUUGAUUGACUUCCUUGAUUUGCAACAUGUAGGUCAACAUAUUUUUCAAAGCAGAGUAUUAUUCAGACUGCAACUAUGUAAGCCAUUCUUGUGUUCGCGAGAGUGUUGCGUUGCAUCCUCUUCUUUGUCUCGAAGAAGAAUAAAAUAUCGACUUGACUCAUCCACUCCGGACAUCCGACACAAUCUCGACAUUUUCUUUACAACCAGAUUGACCUGGUUGUGCUACCUGCCUGGAUAACACAGCGAAAAUAAAGAACUCCUGCAACAACCUCAACGUACAAGUCUUUGCAUUGACAACAUGCCGUUCAGUUGACUUUGUUAACCAACAGCCAGCGGUCAUCCCAACGCAAUCCGGAGCCAUUCAUUCAGUCAUCAACAUGCGACUCUCUCCGCUUUUUUUACUGGAAUAGAAUAAAAGCGAAAUUGUUUAGUAUUCUUAGCUCAGUCUUUUAGCAAAUUGCGGAGAAACCAGCUCUUGGUGAAGGCUGCCAACUUAAUUGGAAGUCCGCUUAUACAGAGUACAUAAUGAGCAGAAGAAUGGGAGUCGGUAGUGUGUAAGUGUUUGUUGAUGGUAGUGCUGAAAUUAGUUAACAAUCGUCUCUUUAUUGCAUAAAAUACCCAUGCAGAAGUGCACUCCUUUUGUAGCAAUACAAUCCUCCAAUUUAGAUAAGCCGAUCAGUCGUGCUUCCGUCCAUUCCGUCUCGAACGACAAACUCUGACGGACUAUGUUGAAGAAUUUGGUGUGUAUUCACUGACGACGGUGAGAAAUUUUUUCCAGUUCGAGUUUCACAGGUUGGGAAAACGAGAUAAUAAUCACAAACUGUGUAUUGCAAUAUACAUGAAACGGCUGCAAUAUUUAUGGGAUAAUUAAGCGUUAAUAUGGACUAUGGCUUGACUCGAUCGCUUGUGAAUUGCCCGUGAUCCAGUGUGCGUUUAACAAAUAAAUUAGCAAAUAUCAGUGAGACAAUGGGUUGUGACCAGAGCAAAGUUAACAAUAAGGCAGCUCUGCCACUUAGCCCUUCCAGAAUGGAUCGAAUCAUUACAAUCGAGUCAGAACAGAAACAGAAAGGUAUUGAUUCCACGGAAAGACAUGGCCGAAACCAAGCUCAAAGCAACAACAACAGCAGGAAACCCACGCCAAAUCCGUACCAGGGUGUUCAGAGUCCCGUCCUUAACAUGGACCCUCGAGAGUUUGAGGACGCCUUGGCCGAGUACAAAGAGUGCGACGAGGCCAUCCGGCUGCUCGAAAGGGAGGACCCCCUCACGCUCUUCUACAUCAAAAAGUCACACCUCCAAAAUAUUCUCGAAGCCAUGGACAUGACCACGACCAAAAUCAAGGGCAUGCAGAGGGCGAUGCAGACUGAGCAAGAGGCUGAGGAGGAGGACGGCGAAGUACAAAACUUGCGAAAAGUGGUGGUUGAGUACGGGGGCAAGGACGUCGUUUCCAAAGCUGAGCAGGAAUAUCUAACCUCCAUGAAUCGAUUGGAAAUAGCAGCCACAGAAUUGGAAAUGUUGCAACAGGAGAAAGCACUCGCCGAAAGUGAGGUCUCCGCUUUCAAAUCAAUAUGCAAAAAACUUAUCGCCUUGUAUAAUCGCCAGGAUGACAUUGCAAAAAAGUUGACGGUUGAGGGGACGAGUAAUGCUGAAGAGGCCAAGUUAUAUGCAAACUUAGCGGAAGUUGAGACUAAAAAAAUAAAAAUUUCCGAAGCAUUUCAACGAUGGCGAGAAGCCCGAUCCCAAAUAAUUGAUGCAUGUCGCCAAUUUGGAGUAGCAUUGAAGAAAUGGAGAGAAAUUAAGGACGACACGCCUGCCAAAUUGUUUGACAUGACGGAAGAAAUCCGAGACGACCUUGUUACCUCGCUCCAGUGCAUCACCAACGCCAGGUUCUACAUCAGAUUGUUCGAGCUUCCAUAUUGUUCCAAAGCUGAAAUGGCCGUCUUAGAAAAGGCACUGUCAUUUAUAUUCAUCGAUAUGAACUCGGCUGAGCGAAGACUGCACGCGGACAGUUGCUACAAAGCAUUUCACAAUCGUGCCGUGGCUCUCUUUGCAUGGACUGAUAUGACAAUCAAGCAAGUGAUACAGCCCGAGUCAAGCAGAGUCAGGGGAGAACUAUUGGCAGUCACGAAACAAGCCAGAGAUGUUCGAUUUCGCACUAUUCAGAAACAGUUUCCCGGAGUUUCUUGGAAAGUAACGGAAGACAGGGUGGAUGAAAUUGACGUAGGAAAUUCAGCACUGACAGAUCCCGAGUCAUUGGAAACUUUUAAGAAUUUAGACACUGGUCAGCUAGCUCAACCACCAAGCAUUGAUGAAAUCUAUGGGAAAUCUACGACAGGAAGUAACUACAAAACCUUGUUUUUUGACAAUUUGACUCCAGAGACGCAAAGUUUAGUAGAAAAUGGGGAAGUUCAACAAGGGGAGCCGAUGUAUGCUAAUGGCGUAAUUAAGUCACACAAUGACUUGAAGCAGCCCAAUGGGUCCCUGCUGAAAUAAGCACGACAAUACAGUUAGACAAAGUUAUUUGGUUUCUAGUUGGUUUGUUGCAACUGGCACACACAUAAUUAAGAACAUCUUUUAAUCACAAAUUAAAAUUGUAUAAAAUCCGAUUAAAAUAUGAAAAUGUAUAAACACUAUUAUUGCUUCAAUUUGACAAUAAAAUAUUCAGACAAAGUAUCUAUCAA